UAUGCCUGAGUAAGGUCGAUUCGCUCGAGACUGCAAGGUUCUGUUUGCUGCCAGCCGAGAAGCGCGUCAAAGCCAACCCUCAACGCGUCCCACUCCCUUGUUCAGCCUUGCGACAACAAAGCCUCGUCAUUUUAUUUACAACAGAAGGUACCACGAAGUCGAAGGCAAUCUAGCUACCCUUCUUCAUUGCCUAGAUUAUAUACAAUCGAUCACACUACACUGUCAACUUCACUCCUCCACAGCCAAACACCAUGGCGCCAACAGAAGAAACAAUCCUCUCAACCUUCCUACUAUCCCCCGCUCCUCUACCAACAAUCAUAACCCUCAAAGCAUUCACCGAACUCUUCCCACGAUCUCAGCAAUCUUCUCCGCAAAUCAAAGCCCUCUACAGAGACCUACAGCAUCAACGAGCCCGACUGACUGACGCCGUGAGCCGGAAUAUUGCAGCAGAAGUCAAGCGGGGCAAGGCGCAGCGCAGAGAGGUAGCCAGAGCUCGGAAAGAGGCUGAGAGGGAGCAGCAGGAUGAUGAGGUCGAUGUGGAGAGGGCUCUGUUUGGUCCUACGUCGAACCUGCCAGUAUCAAAACCGCAUACAUUGAGCUCGAUAUUACCGGAGUUGGAGAGCGCUGUUGAAGAGGUAGAAGACGAGAUACGGAGGUUGGAUGAGGAAGCUGAGGCGCUGUUGGCAGAGAUGCAGAGCAAUGUUGGUAGCUUGAGCGAUUUACGAUAUGGUCGACUGGCCAAUGGCCAGCUUCGUGAGCAAGUCAUUGGGGGGUUGGAGAGACUGGAAAGUUCAUGCGAUAAGAGAUGAUGGAUG